AAACUACGUCAAUAUGAUUACCAAAAUUGAUAUAGCUCAGAAUGUAUUUGUGAAGUGUUAGAAAACCAUGUAAUUCCCAGUGUAUUGACUGAUACAAAAGAUACUAGACAAAAGCUGCACACAAUGUGAAGUUUAAAGCUUGCCAUAUUGUUUCUAUGGAUAUGCCAAGAAUGAGACUAAAAUAGUAUAGUGAUGACACCUAGUUGAAUAAACAGUGUAGAUAUGUUUCUGUUUAAGUUUAAGGUACAAGACUACUAAAGAAACCGGAAGCUGACGUCACGCACCCAUCAUGCCCGACGCCGUCGAGCUGAGGUCACAGUUCAGUGCCCUGAUGUACAAAAAUGCCAAGCUUAUUCAGAGGUCAAAGGCCAUGAUUCUGCUAGAAAUCGCGGUCUCAAUUUUUACCAUCUCGCUGUUCGUCAUGUUCAAUAUCUCCACCCCUGAUGUUGAGUUCUCUGCCAGACGCAAUGUACUCAACCCACUAGCCCGGAAGAAUACCAUAGCCUUCAUGCCUGAUACAGCUGGCUUUAGAACUCUCUUGCAAGAAGGGAACGACCGACAAACACACCCCCAGCAUCUACUUGGCAUCUCACACCUCCACGACUUCAAAGAGCAGCUGGGCUUUGGAGAAGCUUCCUCCUCGAAGAGGAGCUCUGAGUUUCACGCUGUCAUAUUUGACCCGACCCAGGGGGCAGUUGACGCUGUCCCACGGCAACUCAAGUUCCGAGUGGUCGUCAAUGAUGCCGUGCCAACGACACAGGUUUCCGGAGAUAAUUACGAUUACACAAACACCAGUCUGACCACAGCCCAACUGACCGUGACCCAGAUGUUCCUGACCUACUGGAAGAGACAGAACCCGACAUUGACCUUCAACCCCAACAUCGCCAUCAGCACCCAGCUGAUGCCUCAGCAGGAGACAGGGCACCACAUGAAGUUGGAUUCCCUGGAGAUGAUGAGCAAAUACAUGCCCUGCAUCUACAUUUGGCUCACUCUCUUCACCACAUUGUUGGUUGUAGAGGAGAAAGUCUCGAGGAUCAAGGAAACUUUAAAGAUUCUUGGAGUUGGUCAAUUCGUGUACUGGACCUCCUGGUUUUUAGCUCGACUUCUCGUAGGUACGAUCAUUUCCCUCAUUGCAUCCUUCGUCUGGACGGUGAACUUUGGCCAUGGUCCACUCUUCAAUAUGAACCAGAUGUUCCUCUUUAUCUGGCUGGUCGUCAUGGCCAUUGACAACGUGACCUUCGCCUUUGUGUUGUCCAGUCUCCUAAAUGACGCUAGAUUCACUGCUGUCUACACCAUUUUCUCUUAUGGUAUUCUCAACUACAUGGCCAGCCUGUAUGUAGUUGGCAACAACAGCUACCUCUUCUACAUCCUGGGACCGACCAUGUUCUCUUUCGGUAUAAACCUCUGCACUCUCAGUCUCUACGGCAAAGAAUAUGCAAUGAACAGCUGGGAUAAAGGUCACCGAACAUCGACCUACAACACCAAAUUCAUGGAAGGGACGGCGUACAUGGUUUUAAACAGUUUCUUCAACUGUCUUCUCUUGUGGAUCAUUGAGAAAAUUAUCAACAGCGAACAGACGAAAUUUGAAAACUUAUCCCCAAGGAAGAAUGAAAGAAAACAGACAAUCGCUGGGUUUUCCAAACAAGACGAAACGUACUUUGAGCAACCAGCGGGGAACGAGGACGCAGGGGUGGCGAUAUACGACUUGGUUAAGAUGUACGGCAAUGAGGUGGCAGUCGCUGGCAUCACGCUAGAAUUCUACAAGGACCAGAUCACGAUCAUCCUGGGCCACAACGGAGCGGGCAAAACGUCAACCAUCACCACGAUAUUAGGUUUAACUCCACUUACAUGUGGGCGGGCGGAAAUUGACGGAAAUGACGUCACCUCUAACAUAUCUGACCUGCGACGGACCCUGGGGUAUUGUCCCCAGCGUGAAAUGUUGUUCCCUAGGAUGACUUGCAUGGAGCACCUGGUUUUCUACUGCAAGAUACGAAACCAAGAGAUCAAGUACGACGAGAUCAACGAACUUCUCUCACAGCUGGGGAUACAGGACAAGGCUCAGGUCAACCCCAGCAAGCUCUCCGGUGGCCAGAGAAGGAAACUUGCCGUCGCAAUCGCUUUUGUUGGGAACACUACGACCAUAUUUCUGGACGAGCCAUCCACUGGCCUUGACCCCAGUGCCAGACGAGACCUGUGGAGAUUCCUGAAGAACCGGCGCUCUGGCCGGACUAUAGUGAUGACGACACACUUCAUGGACGAGGCGGACAUCUUGAGUGACCGUAUUGCCAUAUUGGCAGGGGGCGUGGUGGAGUGCUGCGGGACGUCCGCGUAUUUGAAAAAGAUAUUCGGUAUUGGCUAUAAAUUAACCUUCAUCAAGGGACCAAAGUGUAAGGAAUAUAACGUCAUCAAACACCUGAUGGAGUAUAUUCCGUCUGCUAUUUAUCAGUCUUCCACACGCACAGAGAUCAACUUCCGUUUGCCGGACCAGACCCUCAGUGACCUCCCCAAGUUACUCAAGAGCCUAGACAGUAGUCUUGCGACUCUCAAUGUGGAGUCGUAUGGGCUUUUUGCCACAUCAAUUGAAGACGUGUUUUUCAGAGUGGGCGAAAGAUUUGAAAUUAAAAAACGAUCCAAAGCAGAAUCGAUGGGACACAUCUUGCAGACUGAGAUGGAUCAAGAGCCGGUCGAAGUCGAAAAAAAAGAAUCUGGAAAAAAUUCAAAGGCAAAUACAGAACUGUCGUCAGAGAAGCCAAAAACUGGCUCCACGGUGGAGGUAGGUUCCAGCAAAGUGGACAACAUCCCCCAGACCCAGCCGCGCAAUGAUAUGGUCUCUAGACGGAGCAGCGAAACCAUCAAAAGCCUCAAGAAGGAUGGCGCUGAAUCCGUGAUGGGAUCAGUUCAAGAUGAAGUUCUGGAGACGAAGGCAGCUCCGGUCGACCAAAAGAACGUGGGCAUCCGCCUGCACACCCAGCAGGUGAAAGCCCUGGUCAUCAAGCGCUGGAUCAUGCUGAGACGGAACACCAGCACCAUCCUCUUCGUCACCCUCAUCCACGCCACCUUGACCCUGAUGUACGUCAUCAAAUCGCACGACAUCGCCACGACUCACCCACUGGAUUUUAACAUCAGAGACAUCCCAGGGACCUUGGCCGCUGUACUGGAACCGACGGAUCCAGAUCUUCGUGGAGUUUCUAAUAGGUUAAGGGCUUUGCUACAGGAGAGAAUGCAGGUGUUCACCGUGACGGAUCUACCAAAUGGAUUUAACGCAUAUUUCAUUGACUGGGCUGAAAGAAAUUCCGUACAAACCUACCGAAGACAACUUCUGUUAGGGUUUGAGAUCCGCAAAGCACCAGAGCCUUGUGUUGUUUACUACCAGUCUGAUUUUGUUCACCUCGAGGCUAUUGGGGUCCAAAUGUUGCUCAAUGCACACGUGCGUGAGUACCUGGGCAACGACUUCCAGGUCCAGACUGGGGUGUACCCGUACGGUCACAUCAAGCUACAGUCCUACAACCAGGGUAUCAGCCUGUUGCUGCUCCACUUUGCGGUCAUCUCAUUUGAGACGCUGAUCCUCAGUUGGCUCGUCUCAGAGAAAAGUACGGGAGCCCACACCCUGACCCUCCUCAGCGGAGUCCCAUCCUACAUGUACUGGGGCUCAAUGUACCUCUUCGACAUCGCCCUCUUCCUCUUCUACAUCGCCACCCAGUGGGCUUGCAUCCUGGGACAGCAGUCCUUGGAGAACAUCAAGGAACACGUCCACCUCCUCAUACCCAUACACUUCCUCUUCAUCCUGGACGUUCUGCCUUUCAUCUACAUCUUCAGCAAGCUUUUCGUCAAACCUACACUGGCUGUAUUCAUAUUUGUAUCAUAUGCGUUUUUACAUAUGCUCGCUCACUUUACAGCAUCUUAUUAUGUUAAUGAGAAGCUUCUUAUAUAUGUUAAUCACGCAUUUUUGAUGACGUCACCAAACACGAUAUUAAACGCUGCGCACACGAGAAUUCUUCUAUUUGAUUCAGAUGCUGGGCAAAUAACAACGACUGCCGUUUUUGCCUUUGUCAUACAUUGGUUUAUAUGUUGGUUUUUUCUAAUCGUCGUUGAAAGCCUUUUGCAUCGUGGAAAACGGUGUACAUCCGCCGGGUCCCUGCACGAUUUCAUCAUCCAGAAGCUUGAGAAGUCGCUCACCAAGAUCACCAACCUAGAGCCGCUCACCGAUUGUGACGACGAGGUCAUCGCUGAGAGGCAGAGGGUUCAGGGUUUAGAUCUGAAGAAGAUCCCAGAGCAAGACGAGGUUCUGAUGGUCAACCUGUGCAAGAAGUACCUGUCCAACACCCACACGCUGACCGCUGUAGAAAACACCAACCUUGGUAUCGCCAAGAACGAGUGUUUCGGUCUGCUGGGGGGUAACGGGGCGGGCAAGAGCUCAACAUUCAAGAUGCUGAUUGGCGAGAUUCCUUGUACGUCGGGAAAUGUUUUCUACCGUGGUCUAAAUUUGGAGACCAACAGGGCAAAGUUAUACCGUAUGAUCGGCUACUGCCCCCAACACGAUUUCUUUCAAGGAGAUCUUACGGGCAGGGAGGUCUUGUAUUUCUACGGGAGGCUGCGGGGAAUCAAGGAACACAAGCUGAAGCAGACGACAGAUUUCCUCAUCAAGGCGGCCGUACUAGAUAAAUAUGCUGACAAACAGACCAAGAUUUACAGUGGUGGCACCAAACGAAAGUUGUCUGUUGCUGUGUGUGUGAUCGGCGACCCCCAGUUUGUUCUGCUGGACGAGCCGACCACUGGGAUGGACAUUAUAGCCAAGCGGGCUAUCUGGGCCAUCCUACAAGACGUCCGCUCUAUGGGCAGUACCCUCAUCUUCACAUCACAGAGCAUGGAAGAGUGCGAGCUCCUGUGCAGCAAGCUGACCAUCAUGAUCCACGGCCGGCUCAUGUGUCUGGGCACGCCCCAGUACCUCAAGACCAAGUACGCCCAGGGCUACACCAUCACGGUCCAUGUCAAGGUCGACUCCGGCGUGUCUCUGGAGGACGUGGUGGCCUAUAUUAACAAAAUCUUUGACCACUGUGAGAUAUUCUGUAAAAUGGAAACCUACCUGCACAUGCAGAUUCCGGCUGGCGUGGUACGUCUAUCCAACAUGUUCAACAUCAUGGAGACGGCCAAGAAAGUUCUCAGGUUCGAAUCCUACACGAUCCAGCAGACGAACCUGGAGCAGGUGUUUCUGAUGCUGAUGAACAGAAACACAGGCGAGGACAAAACUGGCCACAACGUGUACAGCAUAGAAUGAUACGAUACUCCUCGCUGACAUCCGACGUGUGUAGUAUGCUCUCAUACCUACUUCACUUAAUUACCUCAUCAGUUUAAUUAUUAUUAUAGAUUAGAAUGAGGAAUUUUUUUUUUAUAAAUUUGCACCGAAAAUGUAGUGUGUAAAUCUCAAAGUUCCUAAUAAAAAAUUACCGUGGAGUUUUCUGCCUUUUUCAAGGGAAGCAACCGUUCAAAGUCUGUAGGUAAAAAAUAUACGCAGUUACUUCCCUUUGUCUAUGUUUUGUCAAAUGUGUGAUUGGGUAUAUCACUAUAUUCAUUGUUUAAAUUUAUAUGAUUGUUUUAAUUAUAUAAAUCAUGCUAAUUAAAUUGUUUAACCCAUGAAAGUUUCUUUCAUUUAAAAAAGAUAUA